GUAUUACAAUCGAUCAAUUGACUAGCGAGUAUGUUUUUGUCUAGUACGACCACGUACGUAUGUACAUAUGUACAUAUGUAUGUACGUAUUCAUAAAUCAGUGUAUAUUUUUAGUGAGUACUUUUGGUGUUUCUCUCCAAGAUCCGUAAAUACAUAUGAUAUGUAUUCCUAUUUUUCUUGCAUCGCUUAUUCUAAUUAUAUCAUAGACAUUUUGUAGAACUAUUAUCGUGAAAAUAGCGAAGAAAAAACUAAUAAAUAUUUAUAUAAAAGCAAAAUAGAGUUAUUUAAAACAGACCGAUAAAAACUUCAUAAAACCAAAUUUUUAUGAUACACUUGUCACUAUAUCUUUUAAAAUAAAUCCUAUCAUAAAAACCGAUAUGAUAGGCAAAUAAAGCGAAUAAGACAAAAGUCGCGUUCAAAAAAGAAUGAAAAUUAUAUUUAAUCCGGAAAUAUUGUUGAAAUAGAAUUAGCUUAUCUUCGUUUAAUUUUCUAUCUCACUUGCGUUCACAUUCUCUCUCUCUCUCUCUCUCUCUCUCUCUCCCUCCCUCCAUCUCUCUUUCUCGCUUUCUCUCUCUUUCUCUCUUCUCCUUUCCCUCCCACACACUUCUCAUUGCUCUUUCACUGUAAUACCCGUAUGGAAAAUGUUAAGAAAACAACACGCAUGAAAGAAGACACUCAUUUAUAUACACGUACGUACAUCGGUCGUGUAUACGUGUAUAAGAGUUUAGUGAAGAGCGGAGUGGAGGGGAAGAACGAAUCGUGUAUUCCCACACGUGUGUGAAAAGCUUCGCAUUGCUCCGGCAACUCGCACACUGUGCGUUGACCUACUGUUUCGCUGUUCGAACACGUAUAUAUCUGUCUCUGUUCUGUGUAAACUACUGGCAAUUUUUCAAUAACCAAAUACCGGAAUAUCGAUAGAAAUCAGAGGAAUCGUUUGUUGAAUGACAUUGCAUGAAAAUUAUCGUAGAAAAUUAAAGGAAAACCGGUAGGAGUUAUAGCCGAAGAGGAUAUAUUUUAUUCGGUAAAGAAGUUUCUUUGUUAGCACUGAUCAUCGCACUGAGGGGGAUACAUCGAAACAGAGGAAAUUCCUUUUUCUCGAAGGGAAAGUUAACCGUUUUAAACGGAAAAUCUUGUAUAAAAUGCACGCCACUUGUAAGUGCUUGAAUGUUUCUAUAAGAUCUAAGGGAAAUGAAUUAAAAAGACUUCCAAUCGACGAAAUUGAACUGACCGAUCACGAAAGGGCCGACGCUUUCUUUCGAGAGGAACUUGCAACAAUUAAAGAUUUGGAAGUUAUUACUAAAGAACAACAAGGUUUAGUGGAAAUAAGAAAUGUUGGAACUUGGAUUAUUCAUCGUUGUCUCAAUUGUUCAAUAUAUACUCAUGCCGUACAUAGGGAAUAUGGUGCUGCCUUAGUUCUCAUUAAUAUUAACAUGAUUACCUCACCAGAAGAAAUAGAACGAUUGAAAUCUAAUAUUGAUUAUAGUAAUGUCUUCAGAAUAGUAAUUGAUCGAAGUACUUUUGAUGAUCUUGAUUAUUUGCAACCACCUAAUAAAUUUUCUGUAUCACAAUUGUUAAGUGCUACACAAGUGGCAUUGGGUUGUCUUCAUCAACAACUUGAAGAAGCUGUACAAAGGCAAGCUACAGAUGUUGAAGAAAAGAUACGUAAUUUUACUGCAGAACAGUAUCAAUUGUUAGAACAGUUUCGUGAGAAAGCACAUAAUGAAUAUCGGUUAUUGACAAGCUUAUUACUCAAUGGUGAAGAAUUAAAAAGGCUGACUGAUAAUACAGAAACUCCACGGCAGACUUCUGAUGAUAUUAAAGGAAAUAUAACUUCAAGAACUAAUGCAAAAAAUAUAAAAUCACACAGAACAACAAAUGAUGCAGCAUACGUUAUUCAAACUAAUAUUAAAUGUGAACCAACUUUAAUGUCUUCUAAUGUACACAUUAAUAAUAGUAUAGAAAAACAAGAUGUCUAUGCAAAAGAGCCAAACAGUUUUGAUACAGAAGCUUUGUUUCCACUUGAAGGAAUGGAAGAUACAUCAACUCCUGAUCAUCUUCGAUCUUCGGAAGAAGAAUCAGAUACUGAUGAUUCGGGCCAAGAUGAAGGUAUUCAUAUGCAUAGAGGUCAAAGAGGUGGACAUCCUACAUUAGCCAAAUCCUUGCCUGUUAAUGUACCAACUUUUCCUGCGUUUAUUCGAAAAGCAAUUCCAGAUCAAGGUGAUGAUCAGCUAUCAAGGGAUCCACUUGAUCCACAUAAUAUUCGAGCUUCUAUUAAAGCAUUAGCUAAGAGUGUUCAUGGUGAUACAGUCUUUGGAGAUUUACCACGUCCACGAUUUUCUACUCAGAUCUGAUUUGCAAAGAAUUAAAAAAUAGAAAACGAAAAGAAAAAGAAA